AUGGUGCGACCUGGCCUUUGCAGGACCCGAAUACAAUCAGCGUCCCCUCCUCAAUCAUCUGACAAAGAAGACAGCUUACCCAGUAUUACUACCACCGUACGGCGACGCAGACCAGCCAAGAAUCAGUCUCAACCAGGCCAAAAAAAACCCACCAGGAAGCGAGCACGAGUCGAUGACGAAGACCAUGAAGAAGAUGAAGAUGAUAACAAAAACGUUACUGAUGAACAAGAGGACCCCGACUUGGCGGUUACGCCAAACAUGAGCAACUAUCGUGAACUCGGCAUGCAGUGGGGUCUGGCGCGAGCUGAAAAAUACCUAGGUGACCUAAACAUCCCCAAAAACAACCGACCAUCCGGCACAGGCCUUUACGAGGCACAAUCUCUUCAAUCGUCAUACGAGAUAGACAAGACAAUGCUAUGCAUUUUCUUGAAGGUCAGCCAAAGAGUCAUCAAUGAAGCUCUAUUAGAAGGCCCAUUGGCACGCGAACCCAACAUGUAUACCAAUUAUCAAACCUACAGUACCGUUGCCACAUCAUCACCAACCACCAGUGAAGCAUAUGCACUUACUCAAACACCGCUCGGCAUUACUUCCUCCGUUGCUGCCCAAGACCCACCGAAAACAUCUACAGGGACCUCGACUUCUGGCCUUCAACCACUUACCCAGGAAGAAGUCGAAAAAUUUGUACCAGUCUUUGAGCGUUUGGUCAACCUCAAGAAAGUUUCACAGGACCUCCACCAGGGUAGGCUUUGGAGACACAGCGGGAAGUCAAAUAACCGGUCUUCUGAGUGGCUGAUGAAGCACGAAAUUGGCAAGCUUUGCGUACUGCAAACCCAUUUCAGCUUACAGUUUCACCUCAUGGUUGCCUGUUUGAACCCGGCAACCUCGACCUCUAAAGCCCUAUUCCAGGACGAGUACACCUCAUGUGAACGGUGGGUUCACAUGCAGAAGAAAACUCACCUUUUGGAGCGAUUCACCUUUGAAUCCACCAAGGCGCCACAACAUCUCCGUGUCAAAAGUGGUGAACCCAAGCCUCAAUCAGCAUCUGCCGCCCGACAAGCCGAAAAACGAUCGGAGCUAUCGAAGGCCCUCAAUGAUUUGAUAGCUCCCUACCUCCGGAAGGGGUAUCUGGGAAAAGGUGAUGCCCACCCCAAGUGUCCAAACUUGAGGGAAGCCUUCGACAAAAAAACUUUCCGAGGCGAUCUGGCACUCACUUUUAGUUGUGCCCCCAAUAGCCAGGUCACCGAUUUGAUGCUUUCCAAGGGUCCCAGCUGUCUCACGAAUGACGAAGUGGACGCCUGGAUAGAUGAUAAUGAGUCCAAAAAAUACACUAUUAUUCGCGUGGACAAGCCCAAGAAAAACAAGAAGGACCACGUGGACGAUUGCCAUUCCAACUCAUCAACGUCUGACUCGAUUUCCCAAUUAGUCAAGAAACGUGAAAAUACCCCCAAAGAGGAUAUGGAUAGGGAUUCAGCGUCUUCAAAGUGUAACCCAAGUCUAGAUGUUGCUGAUGCGGAAAUCCUGGCGGAGCUGACUGCCGGAGCUGGGUAG